AUGAGUAAAAAGGUAUUUACUUGUAAGCCCACUUCCACUAAGAACUGGAAAAACCAACCUCUCUUAAUCACUGGGGAGUGGGCGGCGCCUGAGAUGUCUAACAUGCCUAUCCCAUUGGAGUUUGGCCGAAAACCUGUACUUCCUUCGGACAAAAGGUAUCUCCUUUCUGAGGACAGAAUCGCUUGGUUGAAGGAGAACUUAGCUGGUCGGGGGUGGGAUAUCACACGCUUUCUCGAUCUUGCUACUCUCAUUCGUCUCUCCAUUGCUCACUUGUUCAAAGACAUUUGUUCCGUCGACGUUGAACUUUGUUGCAUCGAGGAUUUAGCGUCUCUUAUCCAGGCUAGCUUUCAAGAAAGAGAGGUUGAGUUAGCUCAACACAGCAGCUCCGAGGACUGCGUAUCCGGGUCUAAGUCUGAUCAGUCAGAUAUGUCAGCGCCACGCUCAUUGUCGGUCCUGGGCUUUAGGGAAAAGAGAUCGGGAAAAGAGCUCGAGCCCUCCGGGUUUGCGAAGAAAUCUCGCCAUGCUUCACAAGUCGUUUUGGGUUUGGGCUCACCCAAUGUAUCUGCUUCAAGUACUCCGUCCCGACUUCAACAAGUCCCUCGUGCCCCCACUCCUGCUAGCUCACUAGGCGAGAACGACUUCACAACCAUGACUGACGAACAAAUGUGGGGCUACCAAUCAUAG